CGGCCGAGGCCACGGGCUGUAUUCUCUGAGCCGGGGAAGCCGCGGUAGCGAGCCGACAGCGCCAGCAGCCAAACGCCGCCGGGACAUGCUCGCAGCCUGACUGACCGCAGGUGGCCGCCGCGCCCGGGACACGAAUGAAGAAACAGCUGCUCCUCCUGUUCACACACCGGGGACUCGUCAGCCGAGGGGGCCGCAGGGGGAAGCGUCGCCGAAAAUGGCCUCGUUCAGCAUCCGCGCCGCGCGUCCCGAGGACUGUCCCGACCUGCUGCGACUGAUCAAGGAACUGGCGAAAUACGAGGACAUGGAGGACCAGGUGGUGCUAACUGAGAAAGGUACGGAGGCUGCACGAGGUCACCCGGUUGGCAGCCGAGUGACAGUGCCUGUGACUCAGGUGCGUGUGUUUUCUGCUUUUCUAGAGCUGCUUGAGGAUGGUUUUGGCGAGCACCCUUUCUACCACUGUCUGGUUGCAGAAGUGCCAAAAGACCAGUGGUCGUCUGAAGAAACAUGCAUUGUGGGCUUUGCCAUGUAUUACUUCACUUAUGAUCCAUGGAUUGGAAAACUGCUGUACCUUGAAGAUUUUUAUGUGAUGGCUGAGUACAGAGGACUUGGUAUUGGGUCAGAAAUUCUGAAGAACUUGAGCCAGGUGGCUGUGAAGUGCCGCUGCAGCAGCAUGCACUUCCUCGUUGCGGAGUGGAAUGAACCUUCCAUCAGGUUCUACAAGAGAAGGGGUGCCUCAGAUCUGUCCACUGAGGAGGGCUGGAGGCUUUUCAAGAUUGACAAGAAGUAUCUCUUGAAGAUGGCAGCAGAAGAGUGAGAGAUUAUUCCAGCAAAAAAAAAGUUUUCUGAGAAUAUAUGUGCUCUCUGAAUAAACUUCUUGCUUUCUGUGUAUGUACAGUUUGUAGUGGAAUAAAGUAGUGUGGAUGCUAAUAAUGGCAGUGCAGGUGUGGUUAUAGAGUAAUGGUACUGUGAUCUGGAGCUGAGGCAUCUGUGAAGUUCAGUAUGUGCUUGUGUGCAUCCUUUACCAGUGUGGGCUUGUAAUCCCUGUAUAUGGAGACUUCAUUCUUGUAAGUGUCAUUCAACUGUGUACAGUGUACACACUGGUAGGGUUUGUUUUAAUUAUUGCCUUUUAUAAAAAUAAAAUAGUGUUUUCACUUCA